CAAAAGGCCGAGAAAGGUAUGCUUAAGCACCCCGCCCUGCGACCCCUUUUAUCCCAGCUGCUAGCCCUUCGGGUUUGAACGCAACCGAUGUGGGACUAAAACUGAAGUCCCAGCUGCACGGAUGAUUUGAAAAAAAAAAACCAAGAACCGUGUCUUCAUCUCAUCCUCAACUCUGCUUCGCUCUUCUUCAACCAACCGUUGAUCACCCAAGAACACUAGCUUCGCUCACUUGUCCUCUCCCAAAUCUCUCCUCCAACCUCGAACAAUGUCUAUCCUCCACCCGAACCCCAUCACUCUACCCCCCUCUCCCCCUCAGACCCACAAACCCAAAACCUCCCCAAAACCCCUCCUCGCCUCCUCGCCCCCUGACAACAUCCGCCAGUGGAACGCCCUAAUCGCCUCCUACUCUCGAAGCCACCGAUUCCUGGAAGCCAUUCGCGCCUUCUCCUCGCUGCUAUCCUCCACCGAUCUCGACCCCGACAACUUCACCCUCCCCUGUGUCCUCAAAUCCUGUGCCGGCCUCUCAGCUGCUGGAUUGGGAGAAUGCGUUCACGGGUUGGGUGUUAAAUUGCGACUCGGCGAUGACCCUUUCGUGGGCAACUCUUUGAUUUCGAUGUACGCGAAGUGCGGGCGCGUUGAAGACGCGGGGAAGGUGUUUGAGAAAAUGCCGGGGAGAAACCUGGUUUCUUGGAACACGAUGAUGUCUGGGUAUUUUGAAUGUGGGUUCGUUGAUGAAGGGUUUGGUCUAUUGAGGGAGAUGAUGGGGGUUGAUGGGUUGGGAUUUGAUGAUGCGACGGUGGUGACUGUGCUGCCUGUGUGUGCGUCGCGCGGGUGGGUGGAGAUGGGGAGAUCGGUUCAUGGGUUAUCGGUGAAAUUGGGUUUGGCGGGCGAGUUGAGGGUGAAUAACACAUUAACUGAUAUGUACGCAAAAUGUGGGUGGUUGGCUGAGGCCCGCAGGGGUUUUGAGACUACGAGUGGAAAAAACGUGGUUUCUUGGAAUUCUAUGAUUGGGGGUUGUGCAAGAAAUGGAGAUGUUGAUGGAACCUUCGAUCUAUUGAGAGAGAUGUCAAUGGUAGAAGGAUUAAAGGCAAAUGAAAUCACAAUCCUAAAUGCACUGCCAGCUUGUUUGGAUCCGUCGGAGCUUUAUAAAGUGAAAGAAAUUCAUUGUUAUGUGAUCAGAAACGGACUUGAAUGCAAUGAGUUAGUGUUGAAUGCUCUCAUUGCGGCCUACGCAAAGGUUGGAUUACUGGAAUUGGCAACAAAUGUUUUUGAGGGCAUAGAGGUAAAGACAGUGAGCUCAUGGAAUGCACUAAUUGGAGGCUACGCACAGAAUGUAGAUCCUUUAAAAGCUUUGGAUUUGUUCUUGGAUAUGAUAUCUUCAGGCUUGAAGCCUGAUUGGUUCAGUAUUGGAAGCUUGCUUUUGGCUUGUGCCAAUCUCAAAUUCCUUCAAAUUGGCAAGUCAAUACAUGGCUUUGUCCAGAGGAAUGGCUUAGAGAUGGAUUCAUUCAUUAGAAUUUCACUGAUUUCUCUUUAUAUCCAAUGUGGAGAACCCUCAAAAGCUAGAGUAUUGUUCGAUGAGAUGGAGGAAAAAGAAGUGGUAUCUUGGAAUGCUAUGAUUGCUGGAUAUUCCCAAAAUGAGCUUCCGAAUGAAACCCUCCAACUUUUUCGUGAAAUGCAGUUUGAUGGACAAAAGCCUACUAUGAUUGCAACAACAAGUGCCUUCAUGGCUUGUGCUCAGUUAUCGUCUCUUUGCCUCGGCAAAGAGAUGCAUGGCUUUGCAUUGAAAGCGAACUACACUGAAGAUCGACAUGUUGCAAGCUCAAUCAUAGCUAUGUAUGCAAAAUGUGGCUCCAUAGAUCAUUCCUUGUAUUUCUUUGAGAAAAUGGAGAACAAAGAUGUAGUAUCUUACAAUGUUAUGGUCACAGGGUAUGCUGUCCAUGGAAAUGCCUCUAAGGCUAUAGAACUGCUUUAUAGGAUGCAGAAACAAGAGAUAAAGCCGGACACCUUCACCUAUCUCGGUAUUCUAAUGGCAUGUAGCCAUGCUGGAUUAGUUGAAGAAGGUCUAAAUUACUUUGAGGAGAUGAAGAAUGAGCAAAAGAUUGAGCCAAAGCUAGAGCAUUAUUCUUCUAUUGUCGACAUGCUAGGGAGAGCUGGGAAAUUAGCAGAUGCAAUGAGACUUGUCGAAGAGAUGCCUGCAGAGCCGGACAGCAAAAUAUGGAGUACUUUACUCAGUGCGUGUAGAAUUCAUCGAAAUGUAGAUCUUGGGGAGAAAAUUGCUGAGAAGCUGUUAGAAUUAGAACCUGACAAGGUCGAGCAUUAUGUAAUGGCUUCAAAUUUGUUCGCAGGAUCAGAAAGAUGGGAUGAUGUUAGAAGAGUAAGGAAAAUUUUGAAGGAGAUUGGUCUUCAGAAGGACCCGGGAUGUAGUUGGAUAGAAUUAAGAGGCAAAGUUUAUAACUUUAUGGUAGCCGAUAAUUAUCUACCUGAAUUAGAUGAAAUUCACAAAAUGUGGUGUAUUUUGGAAGAGAAAAUUCAGGGAAUUGGAUAUAUUCCUGAUAUGGGGUCAGUGCUUCAUGAAGUAGAGGAUGAAGAGAAGGUGGAAUUACUUAGGUGCCAUAGUGAGAAGCAAGCUGUGGCAUUUGGAUUGAUGAAGACGACAGAAGGCACGAAGCUGAGAAUAUGCAAGAACGUUAGAAUAUGCAGGGAUUGUCACAAUGCUAUCAAGCUUGUGUCUAAGGUUGUGAAGAGGGAGAUUGUGGUGAGAGACAACAAAAGGUUUCACCAUUUCAGAGACGGUUCUUGUUCCUGUGGUGAUUAUUGGUAAAUUCUAAUCUUAUACUCUUGUCUAAGUGAUGUUUGGAAUUGUUGCAGUAUGAAAGAGAUUACCAUAGACA